AUGGUGAAUUUGUACGAUACGAUCUACGAUGACGAAAGAUGUGGUGUUGAUCUGUUCUACAUGCAGAACCAGAUGGAUAGAAGUGUAAAAGCACAGGACAGCAAGGAUGUCGCGAUAUGCUGGCUUCUCUACCAAAGUCCUAUCAUUACGAGAGCGCUGGAUUUGGCGAUCAAGUACUGCAAGGACAACAAGGAGCGACUUAUUGUGUAUGUCGAAGACUCAUGGAUCCAGUGCAUUCUUGUUAGCCUGUUCGUCACAGCUGGAUUCGAUGUAGGUACUGUCCACACUUCGGAUGGGGCGGUUGAGACUGAUCGUAUCUUUCGAGAAUGGAACGGCCCUCAGUCCGACCUGGAGAUAUUCGUGGCCAAUGUCAACACCAAGGUGAUGGAUGGGGAUAUGCAAAAGUGUUGCUACAAAGCUCUGAUUCUGGAUUGGCCGCUUGAGCCAGAACGUCUUCUUCGGACUAUAAACCACAUGGCCAAGAACAGACUGAACCGCUGUGAGCCAGCAAUGGUUCACAUACUCAAGCUUUGCUGGAGUCACCAUGACGAAGUCGAGAGGAUUUGCUGCACCAAAUGGGCAAUGCAGCUGUCGAAGGACAUUAACCUGCCUGAGUGGAUGACAGGUGUUGUCCGCGAGGUUUGCAUCUUUGCGAUGAUCAAAACUGCGCGGCAACAGCGGUUCAACCGCUAUGCUUGGGUAGUCAUGCACGACAUGGGAGGGCGAGACUAUGACGGGUCCCUCGUAUCAUAUUCCGAUGAUAUAGUCCCUCGUCUCGGUCAUGUCUUCUCCAUCGCAGCCAAGCUAAUGCUCAACUUCCCAGAGGACAAGAAAUUUUGGGCAGAAGGCGAAGAGGUCCUUGUCGCAGGGUGUUGUCGCUUCCUCAAUAUGAUUGACGGUGAUCGUGAAAAGGGGACUGAUAGGCUUGAGGUCAAGCUGAGCUACACGCCAGAAAAGCUGAGGGAUACCAUUCGACGGACUUUAUAUGCCAUCAACUGGACCAUGGGUACGGAUAUGGAGAUGAGGGCUAUCACGAACGAACGGAAUGAGCAGUUGCUUCUUGGUGUCGAGGCCAGAGCUCGGGGUGAGGUCAGCGCUUUGUCUGAUGACGUGGAGAGCCAGUCCGAGGAACAAGAUACCAGCGUUGAUGCUGAGGCGGAUGUAGAUGAGGAGACAUAUCAGAUUGAUGAGACUGGCGCGAAGCGCAAGGCUGGCGAUGGUAGUAGGGGUGACGGGAAGAAGCAGAAGACAGGGGCUGCUUAG